AUGUAUCAGAACUUAAGUCAAACCAAAGACCUGAUCAUAAUAGAGGCCAAUGAACACAGGAGGCAAGAAAAACGUAAUUGUUCUUCGGUAAAAACAGCAAGCCAAGAGCCUUCGACCAGCGAAGCCUCGCCAGAGAGCCAAGAGCCUUCGACCAGCGAAGCCUCACCAGAGAGCCAAGAGCCUUCGACCAGCGAAGCCUCGCCAGAGAGCCAAGAGCCUUCGACCAGCGAAGCCUCGCCAGAGAGCCAAGAGCCUUCGACCAGCGAAGCCUCGCCAGAGAGCCAAGAGCCUUCAACCAGCGAAGCCUCGCCAGAGAGCCAAGAGCCUUCAACCAGCGAAGCCUCGCCAGAGAGCCAAGAGCCUUCAACCAGUGAAGCUUCAGCAACUGGCAGUCGAAACUGA